CUAUGACAACACUGCAUAGCAACCACUUUUGUUGUCAUGAGCGUCCGCACAUGAAGGGCCUUGGUUAGCCGCAACCGUUAGCUAGCAAGUAGUUUAAAACAGCAGCUAAAGAAACCGUUGAAGUAGUUUAUUUACAUAAAACAAUGGACUUCAAUACAUUAUACUAUUCCUGGGAGCUCGUUGCCGGAAGUGGACAGACUUUAAGUCUUGAACAGAGGGUCGCUCUGCAGACAUCUCUGGUCAUCCUGCAGAAGAACUACAAAUUCAGUCGAGUCCUGUUUUGGGGGAAGAUACUGGGCAUAAAGGAGGAUUAUUUCAUCGCUCAGGGGAGGGGAGAAGAUGAGAUGCAGGACAAAAAGAACCUCUACAGCCUCAACUGCAUAGACUGGUUCCUGCUCCCCACCACGACAGACUCCAUGAUCCAGGAAGUGUCCACAGCUGCGAAGGGUCGAUUCAUAGGAGAUCCCUCGCAUAUGUACGAGCAUGUUGAGCUCCGCAGGCAAGGAGAGAGUGAUGAGGAAACGGUGGUGAUCAAAGUCAGAGAGGAGAGCAGGCUGGCAGUGACGGUACAACAGAUCGAUGAGGAAGUGUCUGUGGUACCACGUGGCGCGUUCAUCAAGAGUUCACAUGGACUUGUCAAGAUCAACCGCAGCUUUGGUGGGCUGUCUGACUCAGAGGCAAUGAAGCUUGACAACUACCUUCACUUCAGUGAACCAAAGAAUCUGAAGAAGAGAUCCAUCCUGGAAAAGGGCGACUUGAACCCAGCCAUCGACUUCCUGGAUGUAUUGACUGACGACAUUCCUAAAGGGUCAUGGAGUCUUCAGCGUGAAUGUGCCGGCAGAGUGUGCGUGCUUCGCAGCCUGUUUUGGCUGGGCCUGACCUCCUACCAUGUGCCAAUGACGCCACAGCACGGUUACAUCUACAUCGGGGAUGGGACCAAGAAUCUAGACCUUCCUUUCAUGCUAUGAAAAGCGACAUCUUACACUCCUUUCACUCAACAAAUUCUUAUUUCUUCUUUAACCACAUUAAACUUCAAAAUGUAUUAAAUGCAAACAUUCUGCUGGACUUCACGUUUGUCUUAUCUUAAAACAAAUAAACUAAAGAGGUCCAGUCA